GCCGGGCUCCGUGGCGGCAGCAGCGGCGGCGGCGGCGGCGGCUCCAUUCCCCCUCCUCCCCCGGGAGCGGCGGCGGCGGCGGUGCCCGGGCUGGGGCCCCAGCGCGGGCCGGGACGGGGUUGCAGCGGUGGCCGCGAUCUGUCCCCCGGGCCGCAGCGACCUGCUCGACGGCCGGCCCGCGCCCAGGGGCCCCGAACCGUGGGGCCGGGCCGGCGGCUGAGGUCAAUUUCCUUGAUUCCUAGGUGCCAUGAGGAAGCCACGUCAGAAGUCACGGCAAAAUGCCGAGGGCCGGCGAUCCCCAUCCCCCUAUAGUCUGAAGUGCUCACCCACCCGGGAAACCCUGACAUACGCCCAGGCCCAGCGGAUUGUUGAGGUGGACAUUGAUGGUCGUCUGCAUCGCAUCAGCAUCUAUGACCCACUCAAAAUCAUCACAGAGGAUGAGCUGACUGCACAGGAUAUCACCGAAUGCAAUAGUAACAAAGAAAACAGUGAGCAGCCUCAGUUCCCUGGCAAGUCCAAAAAAACCUCCUCCAAGGGCAAGAAGAAGGAGUCUUGCUCCAAACAUGCAUCAGGUCCUUCUUUCCACCUCCCGCAGCCCAGCUUCCGCCUGGUGGACUCAGGCAGCCAGCCAGAAGCACCGCCUCUACCUGCGGCCUACUACCGCUACAUCGAGAAGCCUCCUGAAGACCUAGAUGCAGAGGUAGAAUAUGACAUGGACGAGGAGGACAUUGCCUGGCUGGACAUGGUGAAUGAGAAGCGGCGACUAGAUGGGCACAGUGUAGUGUCGGCAGAUGCCUUUGAGCUGCUAGUGGAUCGGCUUGAGAAGGAGUCCUACUUGGAAAGUCGUAGCAGUGGGGCCCAGCAGUCACUCAUUGAUGAAGAUGCUUUCUGUUGCGUGUGUCUUGAUGACGAGUGCCACAACAGCAACGUCAUUCUCUUCUGUGAUAUCUGCAAUCUGGCCGUGCACCAGGAGUGCUAUGGUGUCCCCUACAUCCCUGAGGGCCAGUGGCUCUGUCGAUGCUGCCUACAGAGCCCCUCCCGGCCCGUGGAUUGUGUCCUCUGCCCCAAUAAGGGUGGUGCUUUCAAGCAGACCAGUGAUGGGCACUGGGCCCAUGUAGUGUGUGCCAUCUGGAUUCCUGAAGUUUGCUUCGCCAACACUGUCUUUCUGGAGCCCAUUGAAGGUAUUGAUAACAUCCCGCCUGCUCGCUGGAAACUAACCUGCUAUAUCUGCAAGCAGAAGGGGCUGGGUGCAGCUAUCCAGUGCCAUAAGGUAAACUGCUAUACAGCCUUCCAUGUGACGUGUGCACAACGGGCUGGCCUCUUCAUGAAGAUUGAGCCCAUGCGGGAGACCAGCCUCAAUGGCACCAUCUUCACAGUGCGCAAGACUGCGUACUGUGAGGCACAUUCACCUCCAGGUACUACCGUUGCUAGGAGAAAGAACAAAUUCCCUGGAAGCUUGAGUGAGACUGGAGAAGAGGAAGGGCUGAAGGAAGGCUGUGGGAAAGAAGAAGAGAAGGAAGAUGUGGAAGAGGAAGAUGAAAACCAUGGUGGGGCAGGUGGACCCCCCAAGGGGAUGCCCAAGAAGAACAAGGUGACUUUGAAGCAAAAGAUCAAGAAGGAACCAGAGGAAGUGAACCGAGAUAUGUCUUCCACUGUCCCCAUGGUCACUAUCCCACAGAUACCCUCUUACAGGUUGAACAAGAUCUGUAGUGGUCUCUCCUUUCAGAGGAAAAACCAGUUCAUGCAGCGGCUUCACAACUAUUGGCUGUUAAAGCGUCAGGCCCGGAAUGGUGUUCCCCUCAUCCGGCGCCUACAUUCUCACCUUCAGUCCCAAAGAAACGCGGAGCAGCGAGAGCAGGAUGAGAAGACAAGUGCAGUGAAGGAAGAGCUAAAAUACUGGCAGAAGCUGCGGCAUGACUUGGAACGGGCAAGGCUGCUGAUCGAACUGAUUCGGAAGAGAGAGAAACUCAAGCGGGAACAGGUUAAGGUCCAGCAAGCUGCUAUGGAAUUGGAAUUGAUGCCUUUCAAUGUUUUGCUGAGAACAACACUAGACUUGCUGCAGGAGAAGGAUCCUGCACACAUCUUUGCUGAGCCUGUCAACCUGAGUGAGGUUCCAGAUUACCUGGAAUUCAUAUCCAAGCCAAUGGAUUUUUCUACUAUGAGGCGGAAGCUGGAGUCCCACCUGUAUCGCACCUUGGAGGAGUUUGAGGAGGACUUUAACCUUAUAGUUACCAACUGCAUGAAGUAUAAUGCUAAAGACACAAUUUUCCACCGAGCAGCUGUCCGCCUGCGGGACCUGGGAGGGGCCAUCCUGCGGCACGCCCGGCGGCAGGCAGAAAACAUUGGCUAUGAUCCCGAGAGGGGCACCCACUUACCUGAGUCACCCAAAUCGGAGGACUUUUAUCGCUUCUCCUGGGAAGAUGUGGACAACAUCCUCAUCCCAGAGAACCGGGCCCAUUUGUCCCCAGAAGUGCAGCUGAAGGAGCUGCUGGAGAAACUGGACCUGGUAAGUGCCAUGCGGUCCAGUGGGGCCCGGACCCGACGUGUCCGCUUGCUGCGCCGGGAGAUCAAUGCUCUUCGGCAGAAGCUGGCACAGCCUCCAUCAUCCCAGCCAUCAUCACUAAACAAGACUGUGUCCAAUGGGGAGCUGCCAGAAGGGCCCCAGGAGGAUGCAUCUGUGCUGGAGCAGGCCCCACAGGAGGAGCCAGAAGAUGAUGGGGACAGAGAUGACUCCAAACUACCUCCCCCACCAACCCUCGAACCCACUGGGCCUGCACCUUCCUUAUCUGAACAAGAAUCCCCUCCGGAUCCCCCCACUCUGAAACCCAUCAAUGAUAGCAAACCUCCAUGUCGGUUCCUAAAGCCCAGAAAGGUGGAAGAAGAUGAACUCUCGGAAAAAUCACCCCUGCAGUUAGGGAGUGAGCCCUUGCAACGUCUCUUUAAUGACAAUGACAUCAACAGACUAUCUCUCAUGGCCCCUGAUACUCCCUCUGGUGUCCCAUUAAGUGGUGUGGGGCGCCGCACAUCAGUCCUCUUCAAGAAGGCCAAGAAUGGAGUUAAACUACAGAGGAGUCCAGACAGGGCCCUGGAGAAUGGCGAGGACCACAGUGAGGUGGGCUCACCUGCCUCUCCCACCGGCAUCGAGGAUGAACGGCACUCCCGGAAGCGGCCAAGGAGCAGGAGCUGUAGUGAGAGUGAAGGGGAGAGAUCCCCCAAGCAGGAAGAAGAGACAGGUGUGACUAACGGCUUUGGAAAACACGCUGAGAGUGGGUCUGACUCAGAAUGUAGUUUGGGUCUCAGUGGUGGACUGGCAUUUGAAGCUUGCAGUGGCCUGACGCCCCCCAAACGCAGCCGUGGGAAACCAGCCCUGUCCCGAGUACCCUUCCUGGAGGGUGUGAAUGGAGACUCUGACUACAAUGGCUCAGGCAGAAGCCUCCUGAUGCCCUUUGAAGACUGCGGAGACCUGGAGCCCCUGGAGCUGGUGUGGGCCAAGUGCCGAGGCUAUCCCUCCUAUCCCGCCUUGAUCAUCGAUCCCAAGAUGCCCCGGGAGGGCCUCCUGCACAAUGGGGUCCCCAUCCCUGUCCCCCCACUGGAUGUGUUGAAGCUGGGAGAGCAGAAACAGGCCGAGGCUGGAGAGAAGCUCUUCCUUGUCCUCUUCUUUGACAACAAGCGCACCUGGCAGUGGCUUCCCAGGGACAAAGUCCUGCCCCUUGGAGUGGAAGACACCGUGGACAAGCUCAAGAUGCUCGAAGGCCGCAAGACCAGCAUCCGCAAGUCAGUGCAGGUGGCCUAUGACCGAGCAAUGAUCCAUCUGAGCCGAGUUCGGGGCCCCCAUUCCUUUGUAACUUCCAGCUACCUGUAAGGGCAGGGCCUGGUCAGCGUCUCCUGGGGGCCCG